AUGACAGAAGACACUGGAAUGGUGAUACCUGAAGACUGCUGCUACCAUUGCCUCAACCGUGGAGGCAACGCGGCAUACGAAUGUCACAAGGAAGAAGGAAAGGAGCAAUGUGAGCGCUGUAUCCGAGACAAAAAGAAAAACUGUCGCAUGCCCACAGCCGAAGAGUCAGUAGCCAUAGCAGCGCGUUGUCCACAAUGUACAAGGAGAGGCUUCAAGAAGUGCAACGGUGGGCAUCCCUGCGACACAUGCAUCCGGAACAAGACUGGAAGCCUAUGCCACAAGCCGUCUGAGAAGAAGGUAAGGUUAGAUGGGCCAGCUGCUUCAAAGAAGUCUAUGGCGCCUCCAAAAAGCGUGGAUACCUCCAGUCAACGAAAGAAUGAGAAUUCUCGGCCCUCAAGAAGCACGCAUGCCGACACAAACAAGCGAUCCAUCGUGUCCAGCUCAAUCACAUCCCCAGACGCGACCUCUAGCAGCAUGCUUGAUGAGACUACAUGCAACGACAAAAUCGCAGUUGCACAAACUAAGAUAAUUGCUAGAGAGCUGAUUGGGUAUGUGCAAGGUGAACAGUCGGCUCCCGCAGAACGAAAUGUUGGACGGAAACUCUAUUCUGUUUUCAACAAAAGAGUGUAUUCUCCUCUGUCUUCUUCUCUUUCUUCUCCUCUAUCUGCUCCUCUCGCGUCAGGCGAUGAGACGAUCGAUAUCACGAAUUUCAACGACAUACAGCUCUCGGACGAAGAUACUGCUACAGAAAAAGACACUAAGCCUCAAGCUACAAACCGUAUCGGUACCCGCACCCGCCGGAGUCGCCGUAUUGUUUCUUAUGUUGAGCAAACGUUCGAUGAUGAUGAAUCUGAUAUCUCCAUGUUCUCCCCAACUGACGAUGAAAGCGACAUGAACAUCGAACCAAUAUCGUCUGAAGACGACAUGGACAUCGACCCAACGUCUUGUGAAGACGACACCUCAGGUAUCAGCGAUAGCGAGUCGUCAGUAAUCAUGCCCCUCAAAAAUGACCUGACUGCUAAGAGAAAUCGCAAACAAACUGGCAAGGGAAUUGAUCUCAGCCUCCCGCCUCUCUCCAACAUCGAAGACUGCAUGUCUGACAUGACAAAAAAAUCCCUACAGCUUGGGCUUCUCGGAGCGCUAGACCACUUGAAAGGACGAACAAUCAAGGUAGCCACUAUGUGUUCGGGCACAGAAUCGCCUUUGCUAGCUCUCGAUGAGAUAUGCAAAGCUCUAAAGGUUGCGGGGCACUCCCCACCUCUCAUACAGCAAGAGUUCUCAGCUGAGAUUGAGGUUUUUAAACAAGCCUUUAUCGAACGCAAUUUUCACCCAAAGAUUCUUUUUAGAGACGUCAGAGACUUCAUUGACGAAUCUUCCACCAAAGCGACUACAGCAUAUGGCGCAGAAGUGGAGAUCCCCAUCGGCAUCGAUAUCCUUGUCGCUGGCUUUGUUUGUAAAGACCUUUCGAGGCUGAACAACCAAGGGAAGUCACUUGAGGAUGGAGGCGAGACAGGCGACACAUGGCUUGCAGUGCACACGUAUGCAAGACGCUUCCGUCCAAGUAUUGUACUGCUUGAGAACGUCAAGUCUCAGAAGGGCGUAUGGGACGACGUCGUGCGCAGAUGGGACAACAUCGGCUAUGAGGCAGCAUGGAUAAUUUGUGACACCAAACAGUACUACCUACCCCAGACCAGGGAGCGUAUGUACAUGGUGGCCAUAGAGCGCAACCACUUUGGCAAAGGUGUGACCCAAGCCGUAAAGCAAUGGCAAGGUUUGAUGGAAAAGCUGAAGAGAGGGUGUAGCAGCCCCUAUGAAGCCUUUCUACCAGAUUCGUUGAGAGAGUCAAGUGACUACAGCAGUCCCUCAUCUGAAACAGCCUGGGCCUUGGCCAAGCUGAGGUACGACCACUUCCGUUCCGAGAAGAGAUUGGGGAUCUUGAGCCCUAUUAGCCGAAGAAGCGACAACGGCACAAUUAUGCCACCCGAUUUCGCUGACAGGGGCUUUUACAAUAGUCAAUCAUCGAGAGUCUGUGACGCAAUCGAUAUUGCCCAUCUGGAAGCAAGCCAAAAAGGUUGUGACUCACUUUACAAGAUGGCCCUCUGGGAUGUCAGUCAGAAUGUCGAUCGGUUCAAGAAACAUUCAGGCAUUGCGCCCUGUGUGACGCCCACAGGCCGCGACUUCUCAAGUAACCGCCAAACUGCCCUGAAUGGCAGUCAGCUCUUGGUUCUACAAGGAAUGCCUAUGAGUCGAUUGCUGUUCGCCAACGAAACCGAGAAAGAACUUCAGAAUCUUGCCGGUAACGCCAUGUCAACAACCGUGAUCGGGGCCUCUCUUGUUGCCGCCAUUAUCAGUGGACACAAAGCAUUCCAGUCGACUAAAAACUUGGCAGAUGCUCAAAAUUCAGCUCCGCAAACAAUUGAGAGCUCGCUUGACGGCACGUCUGAUUGGUCUUCUCUGUUAUCACAUAGCGUGCUAGAGCCAGCUACAUACGAGCAGCUAGAUCUUGUCAAACUGAAUGAAGAAGCACUGUUGAGUUCACGCUUUUGUCAUUGCGAAGGGAAGAAGUUCACGAGCAAAACCGCGAUUCUCACUUGCUCUGCGUGUGGACACUCAGCAUGCACGUUAUGUGCUGGGAACCCUAAGCAUGUCUAUAGAAAGGCUGAACCAUGCAACCACCGAACACAAACGCCGGACGAGUUUGUUCGACGAUGGCGUCCCAGAUUGCCUGCACGUCUGAAAGUCAACUCCGUGGACUGGCCUUCCGAUGAGCAGGGACAGAAUCCCACCGUGGAUGCAUAUCUGGAGGUCAUUUCGAAAGCGCAAAUUAGCGCACAAUCUUUCUGCCUCGAUGAGUUCUCCAGAGAACACAAUCGCUGGAAGAUAGAAUACAGCUCACCAAAGGCCACGCUGCAGCUGAGACUUGGCCGCGAUGCACAAUGGCUCAUGUACGUCAAAUGCCAGCCGCAUCUUCCUGCCAGUGACCCUAUUCGAGCCUUACUCAAGAAUCCUGUCGCACAUGGUUCUGCCUCGGAGACACUGUUCAAUGUCGAGUGGAAGUUACGCUUACCUUGCACCGAACCCUACCAAUUACGCAUGACAGGGUCCAUUGAAAGGAUCAGCUCGUGGCGUAGUCGUCUCGGCCUUCCGGAUCACAAGGCGGAGACUGUACCUGCGAAGAUGGAGAUUCAUAGCGAAGAUCAAGGGCUGACGACAAUCACCGGGGCAUAUGAACAUUUGCUACAUUGUGGAACAGCAUGUAACAGCUUGUACAAGAGACUUGGUGGAGAAGGUAACAUGUAUUUGUUCCUUGAUCCAGAUCUCAUAGGAGAGGCCGAUCGUGAUAGCUUUGUAUUCAGUCAAGACAACAGCCGAAAAACUUAUAGCGACGCCCGACUGACUGUUGCUCAGUUGGAUAGUUCGUGGCGGCCCUGGCACAUGGAUGCCGGACGCGAGCGCCUCGUUGCCGCAAACGUUUCUGACCGCUGGAUCCCUACUAAGAUCGGGAUGAAAACAUCCCCUACCACUUUGGACGUGAGAUAUCUACAAGGAUCAAGUCUGAAUGAGCAUCACCUCCAAGGUUGCUCGCAAUUGCUCCCGGUACUAGACGUCUCCGUGAAGGAAUCACUACCAAACAGAGCUGUUUCCGGACAUUCCUGGGCUCUUGAGAAAGCUAGACUACUGCCGUCAUGCUCCUCCUGGUACGAAGUCCAACCGAGCACAUCUCAAGAGUGCCCUUGCGCCCCAAACUACCCCAAACUGAUUUGGAGCGUCGACGAGAAUGGUGUCGCGUCUGCACACGAGGACCGACAGGCCGCAGCCACAUUUGAGCGUAUGCUGAAAAUGCGACCUAAGAUCUUCCAAAUCAAUGACUUUAGCGACUCGAAUCAGACACGUAUCCAGAUUGGCGUUCAUGUCAUGUCAUUAAUCCAUCGCGCACAAGGGAGACUGUCCGGCCAUUCGUCAGUAAAAACUGCAUGGAGGUUGCUGACCGACCAUUUCCAACUUCCGUCUCAGCCCUUUCCUAGAUUCCGUCUUGGAAGUAACGCAAAUGAUGUGCCGCAAGCUGAUCAAGUUGCAGCGGUACCCAGAUACUUGUUUGAUGAGCAGAUCAGGGCUGUGGUGUGGAUGAAAACCCAAGAAUUGGGUGUAAAGAUGACGAUCUCUGAAACAGAAGAGUCAAUCCACUCCGGUGUAGGCUGGAGGGUAGAGGCUCGAGCGGAAACAGAGUUGUGCGUUCGCGGAGGCGUGCUUGCGGACCAACCCUCGUUCGGCAAGACCGUCACGAGUAUAGCGCUCAUACAGAGUGAGUUUGAUCAGUACACACCAGAAGAUUUGAUUGAGAUCAACAAACCACUGGCUGCAAAUCUUCCUGUACGUUUGGAAUCAGCCGCAACACUGGUCGUCUGCCCGCCACACAUCGCUUUACAAUGGAAAACCGAACUCAAGAAAUUCUUGGGCGAAGACCAAUUCCAGCUGUACAAUGUUUUGGUAGUCCAGAAUUUCGCCCAAUUGACGAAGCUCACCACGAACAAUCUACGGCAGAGUAGGGUCAUUGUAGUGUCCUGGAGUUUGUUCUUCGAGAAGGAAUACGUUUCAGAGUUGGCGGACUUUGCAGCGAUGCCUGAGCCCACGCUGGUCAGCCGUCGAGCAUUCGACGCCUGGAUGACCAGGGCCGGUAAUGAGAUUCCAGCCCAGUUGGAUACAUACCUAACUCAUAACAGAUAUAAAGACUUCCAGACGCUCACCCAGAAUCGUAUCGAAUCGCUACUGCAGCUUCCUGAAUUCAAAGCCUCGAUACCCAUAAGGAUCCAGCAUGGCAGCGCGUACGAGUCAUAUGGUACUACAGAGCCGGUCAAAGAAGCAAAAAAGGCGGCAAAACCGAAACGCGAGGCGGCCACCAAAUCGGAAUCCAGUACUCGGACUGAUGUAGUACCUCUUCUCCAUCUCUUCAGAUUCAACCGAGUGGUCAUCGACGAAUAUCAUUAUCUCAAUGAUGAUGAAAAGGUUGAAACCAGUAUCAAGAUGACUGCUAUAAAGGCGAUUCAAUCCCAUAAGCGCUGGAUUCUGUCCGGAACUCCCGCCCUGGGGGGCUUCUCGGAUGUGAAUCACAUUGCAUCGUUCCUGGGUAUCAGGCUCGGUCGAUAUGUUCGUGGUGACGGCAAAUUUACCGUAGAGAAGACGGCCGCGAAACUUGAUCAAACAGAUGUCGAAGGUUUCCUAUCUCAGACAGAAAGCAUGUCACGUCAAUGGCAUGAAGAACGACACGUGCGAGCGCAGGAGUUUCUCGACAAGUUUGCCAGGCAAAAUGAAGCCGCGCUACAGAAUAUUGCGUGCAAGGAGAGGCUAGUUCCCGUUGAACUGGACGCUGCACAUAUUGCCGUGUAUAUGGAGCUUUCGCAACACUUGGUUCCACAGAGACUGCAAAUCAGGAAACUAGACAAGUCCAGCUCGGAUAGGAACGACAGGUUGAGAGAUAGCUUGGAGAACUCUUCGACGCCGAAGGAGGCGCUCCUGAAGGCUGCAUUGCUAUACGAGACGGCAGAAGACGGCAGAUCUGGACUCGAUCUUCUCACUCAUAAACGAUCGGAAGAACUCAAGAGUACGAGAGCUGACUUGCUAAGUCGCCUGGUGAGCUUUGAGCAGUUGGUGGCUAAGAAGAAUUUCCGACGUGGAACACAAGCGACAGGCAAAGCUGAGAUUGUUAAACUCUACGCUCUUUUCGAGGACCAGAUCGCACAAGACGACUACAUUGGAGACGAAGAAGCUAAAAAGAGUAUCCGCGACCUACUUGUCGAAGCAAAGAAAGCGAGGAAAGAGCCGAAUCGCAGCUUCUCAGAGCUGAAGGGUAAGACCGACAAAGCAUGGCUACAGACGGUCAAGCAUCAUAUGUCGCAACUUAACGGACUGUGUGAUGAAUUGAUCCAUCGAACGAGAUCAAAACGCUUUGUUGCAACCAUCCAGGAUCACCUACAACCUGUAAUACCGACCAGUUCGCACAGCUGCAGUUCGCAGAGCUGCAACGGCGUCACUGAUGUAGCCAAGCUCUUCUUAGUCUCUCACUGCGGCCACACUGCAUGUCAGAGCUGUCUUGAAGCACGAAGUGACGAUGAGACUUGCGUUCACCCUGGUUGCAAGGCACGUCUAGGCGACGGCGAGCUGAUUCCAAUGGCCAACUUGGGAUCGAAAGAGAGCCAUGAUCCUGACCAGAUUUUCGGUAAAAAGCUACACGCCAUCGUACAACUCAUUUCCGAGAUGCCACCAGCAGAUCAAGGAAUCAUCUUCGCGCCAAACGAUGAUCUAAUGAGCGUCAUUGAGCGUGUAUUGGACCACUACAAAAUCCGCUACGCCACAAUCCGUCAAACACGUAUCGCGCAGGUGAUUGAAGAAUUCAAGACGAACAAGAAGCCAGCGACUAUGAAGAAGCUGCUCAUCCUCAACCUGGGGAAUCCAUCGGCUGCUGGCAUCAACCUCAUCAACGCAAACCAUGUCUUCUUCGUGUCUCCUCUCCACGCAGACGACCAGUACAAGUACGACUCCGCAAUGGCACAGGCUAUUGCCCGCAGUCGUCGCCACGGCCAAGGGAAGACGGUACACAUUUACCACGUGGUCGCGCUGCGCACGAUUGAUGUCGACAUACUUGAGCACCGCCACAAGCGCACCGAAGCAAUGGUCUCAACGCAAUCGGAGCCCAAUGGCAUGUGGCCCCUGCCAUGCAAGAAGAAAGAAAAGACGGUGCUUGUCAGGAAUAGGACGGGUGAGAUGAUGUUGUUGCCGAGCUCUUGGCUUGAAGAUGGACAGAAUCGGGAUCUCAUUGACGUUGAUGUUUCGCCCGAGCGCUUUACGUCUCCGAUCAAGCUGUCCGGAACAUUCGACGAGGAGGAGUUGGAGGAGAAUGAAUGA